CCCUGCGCGCGCCGAUCCUGCCGGGCGGCACUGGCGCCUCAGUCAGCUGAGCGCGCCGCCAGAGCUGGAGUCUUCAUCACCGCAGCUAAAGCUGCUGCUAGAACCGUGUGAAGAGGGACCCAGGCUGCCGGCUCCUCACUACCCCCCAGCUCCCCGCCAUGGCCCCCAUUGGACUCAAAGCGGUGGUCGGAGAAAAGAUUAUGCAUGAUGUGAUAAAGAAGGUCAAAAAGAAGGGAGAAUGGAAGGUGUUGGUGGUUGAUCAACUCAGUAUGAGGAUGCUUUCAUCUUGCUGUAAGAUGACAGAUAUUAUGACUGAAGGGAUAACAAUUGUGGAAGAUAUCAACAAGCGUCGAGAGCCACUUCCGAGUCUGGAAGCUGUAUAUCUCAUCACUCCCUCUGAAAAGUCUGUCCAUUCACUCAUCAGUGACUUUAAGGACCCACCAACUGCCAAGUAUAGAGCUGCACAUGUAUUUUUCACUGACUCUUGCCCAGAUGCUCUGUUUAAUGAGCUGGUAAAAUCUCGUGCUGCCAAGGUCAUCAAAACUCUUACGGAAAUCAACAUUGCAUUCCUUCCAUAUGAAUCACAGGUAUAUUCCUUGGACUCUGCUGAUUCUUUUCAAAGUUUCUACAGCCCACACAAGGCUCAGAUGAAAAACCCAAUCCUGGAGCGACUGGCAGAACAGAUUGCAACUCUGUGUGCCACUUUGAAGGAAUACCCAGCUGUACGAUAUCGAGGGGACUACAAAGACAAUGCCAUGUUGGCUCAGUUAAUUCAAGACAAACUAGAUGCCUACAAAGCUGAUGACCCAACCAUGGGGGAGGGUCCAGACAAGGCUCGUUCCCAGCUCCUCAUACUGGAUCGUGGUUUUGAUCCCAGUUCUCCUGUGCUUCAUGAAUUGACUUUUCAAGCUAUGAGCUAUGACCUUUUGCCUAUUGAAAAUGAUGUGUACAAAUAUGAGACAAGUGGAAUUGGAGAAGCUCGAGUGAAAGAAGUUCUCCUGGAUGAAGAUGAUGAUCUGUGGAUAGCUUUGCGCCACAAACACAUUGCAGAAGUAUCCCAGGAAGUCACCCGUUCUCUGAAAGAUUUUUCUUCCAGCAAAAGAAUGAACACAGGCGAAAAGACCACUAUGAGGGACUUGUCACAGAUGCUGAAGAAGAUGCCUCAGUACCAGAAAGAACUUAGCAAGUAUUCAACUCAUCUGCACCUCGCUGAGGACUGUAUGAAGCACUACCAAGGCACUGUAGAUAAACUCUGCCGAGUUGAGCAGGACCUGGCAAUGGGCACUGAUGCUGAAGGGGAGAAGAUCAAGGACCCCAUGAGAGCCAUUGUUCCUAUUCUAUUGGAUGCAAAUGUCAGUACUUAUGACAAGAUUCGCAUCAUUCUUCUCUACAUCUUCUUGAAAAAUGGAAUUACUGAAGAAAAUCUGAACAAAUUGAUUCAGCAUGCACAGAUUCCCCCAGAGGAUAGUGAGAUCAUCACCAAUAUGGCUCAUCUGGGAGUGCCUAUCAUUACAGAUUCUACUUUGCGUCGCAGAAGCAAGCCGGAGCGGAAGGAACGCAUCAGUGAGCAGACCUAUCAGCUCUCACGUUGGACUCCAGUUAUUAAAGACAUUAUGGAGGACACUAUUGAUGAUAAACUUGAUACCAAGCACUACCCCUAUAUCUCUACUCGUUCAUCAGCUUCUUUCAGUACCACUGCUGUCAGUGCCCGUUAUGGACACUGGCACAAGAACAAGGCUCCUGGUGAGUACAGAACUGGUCCUCGCCUCAUCAUUUUCAUCCUUGGGGGUGUGAGCUUGAAUGAGAUGCGAUGUGCGUAUGAAGUGACACAAGCCAAUGGAAAGUGGGAGGUGCUAAUAGGAGCCACGCACAUCCUCACCCCACAGAAACUGCUGGAUACGCUGAAGAAACUGAAUAAAACAGAUGAAGAAAUCACCAGUUAAAAUAACCAAACAACCCCUUCCAAAAAGUGAAUAAUCUCUAUGGCUCUUGGCAGCUUCCUACGGCUGGUCUUAGAUGUUACUUUGCAGUACCCGUUCUCAUUUUCCAUCAAUCCCCACUGCACGCCCUGGCUUUCCCUUUUUGGUCUUGUGUUUGAUGAAGUCUUCUUCUUGUUUAAAACAAAGGGAAAUAAUGCAUUGUGUCUUUAUAAAAGAGAGCAGAAUUUAUUUGCAUCUUUUAAAAAAAUUCAUUUUCAAGUGAUGCACUGCUAAUGAGAUUUUCAGAUUGUGAUGACUGGACACCUCCUCUCUCUUCCUCCCUCCAUUAUGUAUGGCAUUGUGACCUUAUUCCCACCCCAGUGCAACAUGAAUGCUCUCUGCUUAAAAACAGAUAGGUAGAAAUUUGGUUUUUAAAUGUCCUUUUUUUUCCCCCAGGGUUGGGGGUGGAUGCAGGUAGAAUUGUUGCCAUUCUUGUUGGGCAUUUUUUCUCACUGUAGAGUUUUCUGUGUUCUUGGAAUAUGUUAAAAUGCAGAUUGGUACCUUGUCCUUUUUCCACUCUCCAUUCCUCAUUGUUUCUUUUGAUCCAGAUGUACUUGAAAAUAGAGAUCAGGUGACAUCUGUUUGGUCUUGUGGAGAAUAUAACCUUCCACUUUACUCAGCACCUGAUGUCUCCCAGGGGUACAGCUACAGUUCCAGGGUAGGGCUGUCCAAGGCUGGAGCACCAGAGAGUUAUCACUUCCUUUUUCCAAGGGGAAGAUGACCUUGGUGCUACCACACCUAUCCUUUGAAACCCUGCACUAUUUAGACAGUGCUUUGUAAAUUCAAGGAAAGGAUGUGGUUCUCAUUGACACUUCAUAUUUAUUCAAAAAGAAAAACUGUGUUCUUCGAAUUAUACAUUUGUUAGUCAACCGAACCAAAACCAUAGUCUUAUUUAAUCUUCUUAGGAGUUCAAAAUGAUGUGGACCCCAAAUUCCCUUAUCUAGGCAUACCUGCAAAUGAUAACUACCUAAUUCUUACUAGGUCAAACUUGGAGAAAAUAAUUCCACAAAGAAGGAUCCUUGAGUCCCAAGAUUUAAAUAUAUUCACUUAUCUGAAGAACAGGGACAUCAGAUAAAUUAUUGAUGUAGGUUCUGUCUGUAGCCCCUAUGCCUGGUGAACCAAAUCCCUUUCCGGAUAUUCUCAGUUUCAUAUACAAUAAUUGAUUUUCCAUAGUGUGAGUUCAGAUGACAUCAUGCUUUUGAGAAUUUUAAAAAUGCAGAUAAGGCCAUUUCCACCUUGCAUUAAGCUUAAAUCUGAAACAAAAGGCACUCUUACCAUUAGUCUGGAGGCUCUGUGCCGCUUUGCAUUCAUCCCUGCCUCGUGCACACUAUCCGUUUCUGCCAUAUUGUCCGGUAGUGAAAUGUUCUGGCAGUGGGAGUCCCCUGGUUCCCCAGGCCCAGCAAUCCCUCACCCUUUCAUCCCAGCCGAUUGUGUGUAUAUUACUUAAUGUGUCUUGUGAUGUUGUUGCAAGCUUGAUGUAUGGUAGCUUAAUUGCAAGCCUUCUUCCUUUCCUUUCAGAUGACUUUCUUCUCUCCCUCUUAGAUGCAUUAUGGUGUUUUCUUAUCUUAAGGCAUUGAAACCUUCCCUUUGCACUGAGAAAAUUAACUCUGUCCCUUCUUCGUUUUCAGAUUUGUCUCUUCCAUCCCUCCUUUCCCUUUUUGAAGCUGUUUUUUCCCCUUUAGGGCAAAAGCUAUAAACAUUUGCACUGAUUUUUUUUUUAAGCUUUGAUUGCCCUUGGUUUUAUUUCUCUUUCUUCGAAAUAGCCGUGUACAUGCUUUGGAAUCUUGUUUUAGACAUUGUUUUUCUUUUCUCUGUUGGUUAUUUAUAUGAAAAUAAUUUAUCAAAAGGAAAACUUAAAAAAAAAAAGCUAGUCUGUCUUGAAACUUGUUUACCUCGAAUUUAUUGGAAUCUCAAUGUUUGAAAGUGUUGAAGCACAAACAUGUAUCAUCUCUAUAUCUGUUCUUCUGUACUAAAGCACUCAAGUCUAUGAAAUAAAUAAGCUCCUAUUCAUGGCGCA